CCUCCUGCAGUCCUGUAGCAGGUCCACACACACACACACACACACACACACACAUCAUGGCUUUCGUCUCUCAGCAGAUCUGCAGAGGUUUCUCUUCUUCAGCUGUCAGAAAUGUUGUCAUUAAGAAUGUGACGAUCAUCGGAGGAGGGCAGAUGGGUGCAGGGAUCGCACAGGUUGCUGCAUCGACUGGCCACUCUGUGACGCUGGUGGAUACCAAUGACGACAUCCUUCAAAAGGCGGUCAAAGGAAUUGAAGGAAGCCUUAAAAGAGUGGUCAAGAAGAAGUUUGCUGAUAAGCCAGAGGCGGGUGAAGAGUUUAUCCAGAAAAUCCUGCAGAAUGUGUCAACCUCCACGGACGCUGCGUCUGCAGCCCAGAGCUCGGACCUUGUGUUGGAGGCCAUUGUGGAAAAUCUAAAAAUAAAACAGGAUCUUUUUGGUCAGCUCGACAAGGUGGCACCAGCACACACCAUCUUUGCCAGCAACACAUCCUCCUUGCCCAUCACUGACAUCGCCAGCUCCACCAACAGGCUGGACAGAUUCGGUGGCCUUCACUUCUUUAACCCAGUCCCUGUAAUGAAGCUUGUAGAGGUCAUUGGAACCUCAGCAACAAGCCAAGACACGUUCGAUUCCCUCCUGAACUUCAGCAAAAAGCUUGGAAAAACACCAGUGUCCUGCAAGGAUACGCCAGGAUUCAUCGUAAACCGCCUGCUUGUUCCUUACAUGUUGGAGGCCAUCCGGUUGCACGAGAGGGGUCAUGGAUCCAAAGAGGACAUUGAUAUUGCCAUGAAACUUGGUGCGGGAUAUCCCAUGGGACCCUUUGAGCUGGGAGACUAUGUUGGACUAGACACCGUUAAGUUCAUCAUUGAUGGUUGGAGUGCAGCGGAUCCCAGCAACCCACUGUUUGCCCCGAGUGAGAUGUUGAACAAGUUGGUUGCAGAGGGCAAAUAUGGCAAAAAGAGUGGAGAAGGUUUCUACAAAUACAAGUAACUUAGUUUAACAGUGUUGCCAACUCUUUCAGCACGAGUUCUAGAAGUUGUCAGAUGAUGAUCGAUACAUGUGUAUCUGAAGUAAAAACGAAAUUAAUCUACAAACAAAAAACACAUCAAAUUAACUGUUUACAUCCUGAUUGGAAAAAGUAAUUAAAUUUGUCGCUAGUCGCUCUUUAGAGUUGCCAACACUGCUUAGACGUCACUGUGAAACUAGUCAGGACGGAAAGAUAAACGUACCUGUGCCUUCUGCAUUAAAUGUCAUCAUGUUUGUCUCAGUCUGUUGUCUUAUGGACACACUGUAAUUAACUACAUCUUUGAGUUCAUGAGUGAAUGAAUUAAUUCUGAUUAAAUAGUUUUUUCAAAUAUUUG